UUCACUUCGAUUACCUUACAACGCAUCGUCUCUUUACUUCACAUAUGGCUGACGUUGUACGUGAACGUCGCCGCCCCAACCUUUGCCUGAGGCUGCCGGAGCCCUCCCUUUGCUUCCCCAUCCCCACCAUAUCCUCUUCCUCCGUCUCCUCCGCCGCAGACAUCACUCCCGACGACGUUGAAAAGCUUCAAGUUCUUGGCAAAGGCAAUGGCGGCACCGUCUACAAGGUUCGUCACAAGCGAACUUCUGCUAUCCACGCCCUGAAGGUCGUCCACGGCUGUUUUGACCCGAUGAUCAGCCGGCAGGUUCGGCGAGAGGUAGACAUCCUGCAACGGACGGACUCGCCAAACGUAGUAAAGUUCCACGGUUUCUUCGAGACGCCGUCCGGCGACGUCGCGAUUUUGCUAGAGUAUAUGGACUUGGGUGCGCUGGACACGCUUCUGAAAAACAACGGCACAUUAUCUGAAUCCCAAAUCGCAGCGGUGGCGCGUCAAGUUCUCCACGGGCUGAGCCAUCUCCAUGCGAACAAGAUCAUCCACCGUGAUAUCAAGCCGUCAAAUCUUCUAGUGAAUCAGAAUAUGGAAGUAAAGAUCAGCGAUUUCGGAGUCAGCAAGGUCUUGUCUCGGACGUUGGAGCCAUGCAAUUCAUACGUCGGUACAUGCGCGUACAUGAGCCCGGAACGGUUCGACCCGAAUAGUUAUGGCGGGAAUUAUAACGGGUUUGCGGCUGAUAUAUGGAGCUUGGGUCUCACGCUAUUCGAACUCUAUUUGGGUUAUUUUCCACUUCUACCGGCGGGUCAAAGACCCGAUUGGGCCUCAUUGAUGUCUGCCAUUUGUUUCAACGAACCACCAACCUUGCCAGAGAGUGCGUCCGACGAGUUUCGGAGUUUCGUGGAUUGCUGCUUGAAGAAGGAAUCGAGUGAGAGAUGGACAGCGUCGCAGCUUUUGACCCACCCGUUUAUAUGUCAUCAAUAGCCCGGGAACC